AUGGGUUUCCUGAUCAAACAGCCUGAGGGAACUGAGGGAAAGGCAUGGCCUGCCAUUCUAAUCAGCGGGUUUGUCGCCUUUGGCGGUAUUCUAUUUGGCUAUGAUACAGGUACAAUAAGCGGCAUUCUCGCCAUGCCGUACUGGGAGAAGCUUUUCUCUACCGGUUACAGAGGCUCUGAUGGUAAUCUUACGAUUUCCUCCAGUCAAUCUUCGGCUAUCGUAUCGAUUCUAUCUGCGGGCACCUUUUUCGGUGCACUUGGGGCAGCCCCCAUGGGGGAUUUUAUUGGCCGUCGUUGGGGUUUGAUUUUCUCGACCGGUAUCUUUACACUUGGUGUUAUCUUUCAAACUGUUGCGACAGCUAUUCCCCUUUUCUUAGCGGGACGAUUCUUUGCGGGCUUCGGUGUUGGUUUGAUCUCGGCGCUAAUUCCUCUCUACCAGUCCGAAACGGCCCCGAAAUGGAUUCGCGGCUUUAUCGUUGGCUCAUAUCAAUUUGCUAUCACGGUUGGCCUCUUGUUGGCCGCUGUGGUGAAUAACGCCACCCAUUUGCGUGAUGACACUGGCUCUUACCGAAUCCCAAUCGCAGUGCAGUUUGCAUGGGCAAUUGUUCUUGUAGUCGGCAUGCUUCUUCUUCCGGAAACGCCCCGCUACAUGAUUAAAAGAAAUGAUUAUCAAGGUGCUGUACGGAGCUUGGCUAGGCUCCGACAUCUUUCUGAAAAUGAUCCUGCUUUGCUUGCGGAACUUGCCGAAAUCCAGGCAAAUCAUGAAUAUGAACUUGACCUUGGAAGCGCCGGUUAUAUUGAAUGUUUCAAGGGUAAUUUGGGAAAACGCCUUCUGACUGGAUGUUUCCUCCAGGGUCUUCAACAGUUGACUGGUAUUAACUUUAUCUUCUAUUACGGUACCCAGUUUUUCAAGAACUCUGGAUUCAAGAAUGAGUUUGUAAUCAGUCUGAUUACCAGUUGUGUUAACGUUGGUUCAACGAUUCCCGGCCUCUAUGCUAUUGACAAGUGGGGAAGACGUCCAGUCCUGCUUGUGGGAGCUAUUGGUAUGACUGUGUCCCAGCUUCUCGUUGCCGUCCUAGGAACUACGACCACUAGUCAAGAUGACCUUGGAAAUAUUAUUGUCCACAAUCAACCUGCUCAGCAGGCAGCCAUUGCAUUUAUUUGCAUUUAUAUCUUCUUCUUCGCUGCGUCUUGGGGGCCAAUUGCCUGGGUUGUGACAGGAGAGAUUUUCCCUCUCAAAGUUAGAGCGAAGUCUCUAUCUAUGACAACUGCCACGAAUUGGCUGCUUAACUGGGCUCUGAGUUUCGCUACACCCUACUUGGUCAACUAUGGACCUGGUAAUGCGAAUCUACAAUCCAAAAUCUUUUUUAUCUGGUUUGGCUGUUGUUUUCUCUGCAUAGCCUUCGUGUAUACUAUGAUCUAUGAGACUAAGGGCUUGACCCUAGAGGAAGUUGAUAGGCUCUACUGUGAGGUCAGCUCCGCUAGGAAGAGUGUUGGCUGGAAGCCAACCACCACCUGGGCUGAGGAGAAGGAGAUAUCAAACAAACUUGUAAAUAAGCGCCAAAUUGCGGAGCACGGAGAGUCUCACGAGCCAAAAAUUGCGGAAGAAUAG